UCAACUUGUUAAACGGGAGGCUCUGCAUGAUUUCAAAAAAAAAUUAUGCCAUUUAUGCCACGCAUGUGCUAUAAUCUUUCUGCACCUCCUUCAAGCUCUGUGGACGUGCCCAUCAAAUCCUGACUUUGAAGAGCAUGGCCGCUCCGCUUCCGCAUCUCAAUCUCAAUACCACUCUAGGUACUCUGACAAUAGCGAUUAUACUAUCAAUGACCCUUUACGGUGCGACUUGCGCUCAAAUGAUAUAUUAUCACAAUCACUACACGCGGCAUGACCGAGGUUUCGUGCGAGGUCUUGUUUUCAUCAUGUGGAUGCUAGACACUGUUGUGUCUAUAUCGGACAUUUGUUUUCUGUGGUACUAUGUUAUUACAUGCCACGCGGACCCGUCGCGCAUUGGGCUAAUUCCAAGGAUAUACGAGCUUGAAUAUGCAAGUGUUGGUACAACCAUUUGGAUCGUUCAGUUCUUUUACAUCUACGGGAUAUUCCGUUUGCUCCAAGGAAGACCUAAUAAAGUGAGGCUAGCAAUUACAGUACCGUCGGCAGUGCUUGCUCUGUUAUCCCUAUGUAAGUCUUCGAGACGGCAUGCUUCUGUAAUAGUUGACGACUGCGUGCUUAGCUUUCACCUUCGGUGAGAAGAGCAUCCGCGCCCUGCUGAUUUGCCACGCUGAUAUGUAGCUGAUUACAAGUGGGCGUGCAUGUCACUGCGUAAGCAAU